AUGGACCCCCAGCAAUAUCACGGGUCAUCUCACCCCUCCGAGCAACCCACUAGCCGCACCAUCUUCCCUAAAGGGCCUGUAUUCAACCUCGAGGACUUCUCCAGUCGCGACUUCAUAGCCAAAGACUUCAUCGAAUCCUUGACCGAGAGUGUGCAGUCCGCGCAUCGCCGUUCGCACGGGACCACCAACGCGCCCUUCGACCCCAAACCCUUGAUCCGCGCAUUCGAACAGGCCUCGCGCCGCCUCGAUGAACUGUCCGGUGAGCUCGAACAGCGAGAGAAUGAAUUGUCCGCCGCCGUGAGAAGAGCUGAGGCGCAGCAUGCGGGCAACACCGAGACACUGGGCAGGAAGCUCAACUCGACGAUUGAGAGCUUUCAGAAGCUAGACACGUCUUUGAAGAGCGACCGAGGGGAGAAAUGGGGCGGGAAUGUCGCGGUGGACACUGGGCGGAGGAUCGAAGAGCUGGACCGACAGAGGAGGAAGGCCCUGGACGCGCACUUCUUGAUUGAAUGCUGGGACGAGGUCAGUAACCGAGGGGAGGUCACCCUGUUGGAGAAUCUAAGGAGAUCGGGCACCGGAGAAGGGAAGAUCAGGUCGGCCAACAUUGCCCGCCAGCUACUGAGGAUCAGCCAACGACUCGACCCGAAAAGUCAUGGCCAGCCCAAUGGCGUAUCGACGACCAAGCAGGUCGGCAUCACGAACGGCGUGACGGGGAGCCGGAGUUUCAACACCAGAGAAGUCAUUGAGAAAUUCAUCGAGACGCUCGAGAACGACAUGCUCAAGUUGUUUGACGACUUUUAUCGACGGAAAAACUUUGAGGAGAUGAAGAACUGUGCGAUCGUGUUGCAGGACUUUAAUGGCGGCGCGUCCGUGCAAGCGGCCUUUGUCAACCAGCACCAGUUCUUCAUCGAUCGGAGUAAUCUCAUGACCGAGGAGAUUGGCGGGGACCAAGAGACCUGGAUUCGACUCUCGGAUCCAGACGCCGAUUUACCGGGCGUUGAACCUGGCUUGCAGUCGUUGAUCGACGAAGUCAAGGUCGUGGUUCAGGAAGAGUCGGGGAUCAUCAAGAGAGCAUUUCCCUACCCGGAACAAGUGCUGGGCAAAUUCGUUCAGAGAGUGUUCCAGCAGUCUAUACAGCAAAGGCUAGAGUUGGUGCUGGAGAAGGCCGAGUCCGAAUCCACGCUUGCUUAUCUGAGAUCGCUUCAAGCCGCGAGAAGCUACAUCGGCGUCCUUGUCGAAGAUUUGAAGGCACAUGGGUUGACAGAGCAUCCUGACCCGGCGACUUCGCAGACGAGUCAACUACUCGACCAGCAACUUGAUGAACUUUUCACCCCAUACUUUGGCGGUUCAGCAUACAUCGACAAGGAAAAACACAACCUUCAAGAGCUCUAUAAGUCUCUUCUAUUCAAGUUCGAACUCUUCCACUCUCGGCGCCAGAAAGAACCAAAGACAUACCUCGCAGCAAUCCGCAAUCGGGGCCAGGAACUUCUUGCAUCCGCUAGAGAAGCCACCGACGCGUACGUUAAAAGCCUGGAUUUGGAGAAGAUGUCGCCUACGCAAAAGAGGAUCUUGUUGAGUGUCGCAGGUCUUCAGAGCACGGGUGGCGACGACAAGGUACAACCAAAUAUGGAGCUCGACGAGGAAGACGGGCGGUUGAAUGUCGCAUUCGCCAAAAGGAUGCUCAAGUGGCUCGCCGAAGGUGUUAGGCGGGGCCUUGAACUAGGGGGCGGUUCAGAAACGCCAAAGGAUGUCGCUGCUCUCCUCAACCUCGUCUUGAAAAACUUGUUGGAAUCCUACGUCGAAGUGUCUCUCGAAGCCUGUGCGGACCUCGCCUCCUCCUUUGAAAAUACACGACGGGAGCCCGACCUCUCUUAUCUCUCCAACCUUCGCACCGCAGUGCACAUUGCGCACCUAGUGCAGUCCUGCAUCAACACUCUUCUUAUCCCCUUGGCUAGCUCGUCAUUGACGACGCGGCGAGAGAUGGAGAAAGCUGCCCGGACAGCGACGAUACGCAUCGAGGAUCAAAUCAAUAACAUUGAACAAGCCACCGUUGAUGGCGUGCUUAACUGGACGUCACGAUUGCUGUCCAACCAGAAUCGUGUGGAUUUCCGACCCCGGCAGGAGACGGAAGCGCCGAGCUUGGAACAACCUCAAACGUCAACCUGUGAAAGCGUGUGUAGAUUUUUGGGCUCGUUCCACGAGACUGCAGUGCAAAGCUUCGACGGCGCGAAUCUCAGUGUGUUGCUCAUGGAAGUUGCAGUGGGAUUCCGCAGUCAGCUCCUCCAGCACUUCACCAAGUAUCAAGUCAAUAGGAUUGGCGGCGUGAUGCUUGCGAGAGACAUGUCCCGCUACGUCCAGCUUCUGCGGUCUUGGGAACUUGGCGGCGGCGCCAGCGGCGAGAGCGCCACCAUCGACGCCGAUGCAGUCAGCGGAGGAGCGUCCUUCAAGAACAGUCUUGAAGUGCUCAGUGAGCUUGCUAGCGUGUUUGUGCUGCAUCCCGACGCGUUGAAGGAGAGACUAAGGGGGCCCGUCCUGGGAAAUCUGGGCAAGGAGAAUCUCAGACCGUAUCUGCUCAAGCGGGAUGAUUAUCUCGAGGUGGGCAUGCAGAGUCUGCUGGCGUCUUUGUGA